AUGUCUUCCCAAUUUUUCCUGAAGACAAGCAAAGACAUCGAGCUGUUUCAAGGUUAUCCUGAUUUCACUCAGUCCAACUCAGCUGCUAACGCCAAGGACGACCAAGUCAUUUCUUCCGUCCUUUCCCCAUGUGGUAGAUUCUUUGCGAUCUCUACUAAGGGCAAUGUCAAAGUUUUCUCUGGGGAGUUAUUAGAAGUCGAACUUUUGAAUUUAACUAUCAAUGAUGUCUAUGAAAUCCAGUUUUCUCCAUCUGGGAACUACAUGAGUACUUGGGAAAGACCUUCCGCAAAGGAUGCCGAACACAAGAAUGUCAAGGUCUGGUAUCUGAACAAAGUCUUUACGGAAGGUGAGGAACAAGAACCUGUGUUUCAAUAUCAACAUAAGCCACAAAACGGUUGGUUUAUGCAAUUCUCCAAGCUAGAUGAUUACGCUCUAAAGAUGUUCAAGAAUGAGAUUAGAAUUGUAAAGAUAAAUGACGCGAAUAAGACAAACUUCCAUUUUGACCAGCCAUUUGCUACUCUUUCUAAGACUCAAGAGAAUGAUUCUCAACCAUUCUCUACUUAUCAAGUCUCCCCAGCAGAUUUCCCAACCAUUUGUACUUUUACCCCAGAGAAAGGAGGUAAGCCAGCACAACUAUCUAUAUGGUCAAUCACCGAGGGCAAAAUCACAAAGAAAAUUGCUUCAAAGACUUUCUUCAAGGCGGACUCAUGCCAGUUACAAUGGAAUCCACAAGGUAACGCCGUUCUAUGUGUCGCAACAACAGACUUCGACUCUACCAACAAAUCCUACUAUGGUGAAAAUACUCUAUAUCUUUUGUCAUUCCAAGGUGUGAAUGGUGCUGUGGGGAACAACUCUGUACGUGUCUCUCUAGCGAAAGGUCCUGUCCACGACAUCUCAUGGUCCCCAACUUCGAGACAAUUUGGUGUCAUAUCCGGUUACAUGCCAGCAACUAUUCAAUUCUUUGAUCUAAGAGGUAAUGUUGUUCACUCUUUAGAAAAGCAACCAAAGAACACUAUCUUGUUUUCCCCAAGUGGCAGAUACAUUCUUAUUGCUGGUUUCGGUAACUUGCAAGGUUCUGUUCAAAUUCUAGAUCGUCAUGAUAAGUUUAAGUCACUUACUGUCUUCAACGCUGCAAACACAUCAGUAUGUAAAUGGUCUCCAGGUGGUGAGUUCAUAAUGACUGCUACUACUUCGCCAAGAUUGAGAGUUGAUAACUGUAUCAAGAUAUGGCACGUUAGCGGUACUUUAGUAUUUGCUAAGGAAUUUGAAGAGUUGUUGAAGGUCGAUUGGAGAAACACUUGUAAAUACAAAACAUUGAAGGAUCACCCUCAUGUGAUCAAGGACUGGACACCAUUAAACAACACUGAUGCAGCUAGUCUAGAUCCCCAAAUUGCAAGCCCAAAGAAGGAUUUGGCUAUUCACGAAAGCGCAAAGGAAUACGAAGCAAAACACCCUAAGAGGGAUGCUAAGACUGGCAACGGUUCUACACAAUCCAAGUCUGCCUCUACUGGUGGUGCUUACAAACCACCACAUGCACGUAGAGCUGCAGCUGUUGCCAAUAAUAGAUCUGUUCCUGGGGCAAGUCCAAAAGUGCAAAGAGCCAUUCCAGGUCUAAUUCCGGGCCUUCCAGUCAAUGAAGGAUCUGCGGCCGCAAACAAGAAUAGAAAGAGAAGAGCCAAUAAGAAGGCUAAUAGUGGUACCGGUGAAGGUGCUGAAAAGGCCGAAUCACCAGCUGCACCAUCAAUAACUUCCACUGAACCCGCAAAAGAAGCCUCACCUGAGGAGAAGAAGAUCAGAUCUUUGUUGAAGAAACUAAGAGCCAUUGAAAUGUUGAAGGAAAAACAAGCUGCUGGUGAGAAAUUGCAGGAUUUACAAGUUAAGAAGAUAGAAACAGAAGGUAAAUUCCGCGAAGAACUUGCUGCAUUGGGUUGGAAAGAAGAGUAA